AUGUGUGUAGUGCAAUUCUUCAGAUAUCCGGCGGCGCGGCCAACCGUUUGCAUUGGCCUGUCUUGCAAUCCAUCAGCCGAGAGGCUGGAGCUCCUGCUGCAGCAGCUUUCGAGUGCUUACUACAAGGAACCACGGGAGGUGCUGCUGCAUGCGUUGGCGAUGCACGUCGAGACGUUUCUGGUGAAACUGCCUUCGCAGCCAAAUCUAUGGGAAGAGAUGCAGCAGCGAGUGCAGCAGCAGCAGCAGCAGCAGCAGCACUUGGAGCAGCUGCAGCUGCAGCUGAUGCGAGACCGUGCGAGACGAGGGACUCUGCAUAAAAGCAAAAAGGCCGCCGCAGCAGAAGCAGCAGCAGCAGCAGCAGCGCGAGACGGAGAUGCAGCAACGACGCAGCAGCAAGCAGCCGAAUUCCACAUGGCGGUCGCUGCGAGGCUCCGAGGGGAAGAACAGCAAAUGGAUGUGCAACACCCACUUCCUUCAGCCAUAUCUGCUGCUGUUGCCUCCCCCCUUGUGGGACAAAUGCUGCAGCAGCAGCUGCUGCUGCUGGUGGAGCACCACCAGAACCAGAAGCAACAAAAACAGAAAGGGUUGUGUGACUUGAUCUGCAGCUGCAACAUCGCAGAACGGCUGAGCAGACCCAACCGCCUUUCCGUUGCUGCACGAGACCUAGCGGCAGACUUCCAGAUGCUUCUGUUGCAACUGCUGCAGCUGUUGCACUAG